GCUGGCUUGGCGCGCGGGACGGUCUCUGCCUAUGAACCCUGUCUUUGCCUAUGCGACCUCGCCCUCAUCAUCACGGACAAACGUCACAGUCGCGCCUGCCGUUGCUUGCACGUCCACUGCUUGCUCCUGCCUGCGUCCCCUCACUCACCAGUACAUGCACGCCGCAUAAUUAAUCCCCCGCCGCCGGCCCACUCGCAGCAGCAACCGCUUCGUGCUCUCCCCCACCAUCACCCUCGGAAUAUCCCCAGCAGACGCCAGCCAUGGCCGCCAACGGCGCCCAGAACGUCUUCGAGCCCGUCUUGGCCGCGCACCGGACCAUGGCGUCGGCGGCGAACCGCGUCCAGAAAGAACAGGCCCACCAGUUUCUCGAGCAGUUCCAGAAGUCGCAAGAGGCAUGGACGACGACGCUGGCCAUGCUCGAGGCGAGCUCCGUCGACGCGGCAGCCAAGCUGUUCGCGGCCACGACGCUGAAGGGCAAGAUCGUCUACGACCUCCACCAAGUGCCGCGCGCACAGUUUCCAGAGCUGCGGGCGUCCAUCAUGCGGAACCUGGCGACCUUCCACGCGGGGCCCAAGCCCAUCCGAACCAUGCUGUGUGUCUGUCUGGCGAACCUGGCCAUCCAGAUGACAGAGUGGAAGGACGUGCUCCCUGACGUCGUCAACGCGCUUGGAACAGACCCCGCCACGCUGCCCUGCGUCUUGGACUUUCUCCACGUCCUCCCCGAAGAAGUCAUGCAUGGACGAAAGAUCGCUCUCACAGAACACGAGUUGACUAUGAGGACGGCCGAGUUGAUUGAGGAGAAUGCCCAGCAGACCCUUGACCUCCUCAUACGAUACGCGACAUCGUCACCGACCGCCGCACAGAACCCACAGCUGCUCAACUGCAUCACAUCGUGGAUUCGCGAAAUCCCCCUAGACGCCAUCAUAAAUUCUGCCUUGCUCAAGGUCAUCAUCGACGAUCUCUCAGCUGAAGAGCCGUUUGAAGCCGCCGUCGAAUGCUUGAGCGCCCUCAUUGCCGAGACCAGAGACGUAGACGAAACGAUGCCGGCCAUCCUGGCUCUCUACCCUCAGGUCAUUGCCCUGCGACCAAUACUUAUCCAAGCUGCGCAAGAAGAAGACUCGGAGAAGUUCAAGGGCAUCGCCAGGGUAUUUGCUGAGGCUGGAGAGUCGUGGGUCCUCUUGAUUGCGCGACUGCCCACAGAAUUCCGGGCUCUUGUGGAAGCAGUUCUUGAAUCAGCUGCGCUUGACAAGGAGAGGGAUGCCAUAUCCCACAGUUUCAAAUUCUGGUACGACCUCAAGCAGUAUCUCACCAUCGAGAAAUACGCACAAGCUCGGAUCCAGUCAGUGGACGUCUACUCGAAGCUGGUAGACAUCAUGAUCGGCCACCUCGAGUUCCCGAAGCCUGACAGCGGCGAUGAGAAGGAUCUUUUCGAGGGUGAUCGCGAACAGGAAGAGAAGUUCCGAGAGUUCCGUCACCAAAUGGGCGACGUUCUGAAAGAUUGCUGCGAAGUUAUGGGUGUUGUGGAGUGUCUUCAGAAGCCGUACAACCUCAUCCAACAAUGGGUGCAGACGUAUGGAUCGCAAGCUGGACCGAACAAUGUGCCGGAGUGGCAGAAGCUUGAGGCGCCGUUGUUCGCUGUCAGGGCUAUGGGGCGAAUGGUACCUCCAGACGAGAACGUCAUGCUGCCUCGCCUCAUCCCACUCAUAGCAGCCAUUCCGGAUCAUAACAAACUCCGAUUCCAGGCAGUGAUGGCUCUAGGGAGAUACACCGAGUGGACUGCACAACACCCAGACACAUUGCAACCUCAGUUGGAUUUUAUCAUGGCAGCCUUCGACCAUUCGACAAAGGACGUCAUCCGAGCCGCUGCGCUGUCGUUCAAGUUUUUCUGUAACGACUGUGCCAGUUUGCUUGUCAAUUUCAUCGUCCCUCUCCAGCAAUUCUAUGCCAAGCACCUCAACAACCUACCCGUCAGCAGCCAAGAAGAGAUCACAGAAGGUGUGGCGUCGGUGGUGGCCAAGGUGCCUAUCGAUCAGACAUACGCGACGCUCAAGUUGUAUCUUGAUCCUGUCAUGCAGAAUCUGGUUUCUAUCGCAAACCAGGCCAAAGACGAGCCGGAGCAAAAGCUCCUUGCAGACAGGAUCAAUCUCAUCACCAUUUUCAUCGAGAUUGUGAGACCAGAGGUCCCGCCGGGUCAAGAUAAUCCAGCGGUGAAGUACUGCCAAGAGAUAUUCCCUGUGUUUGGGAACCUCAUCACACAUUUCAACAAGAGCAUACCAAUCCUGGAACGCGUGUGCCGAUGCUGGCGGUACAUGGUGCUUUCGUAUCGGACUGCCAUGCGCCCACUUCUGCCAGAACUCGCAACCAAGCUUACACAAGGAUUCGACACUUCCAGACAAGGGUGUUUUCUGUGGGCAACAGCUUCGAUUGUACGCGAAUUCUCUCAAGGGAUGGAGGAAGUCGACCCUAGCCUGGCAAACGAUGUCUUCCAAUUUUAUGAGCAGCAGGCCAAGACUUUCUUGAGAAUUCUCAGCGAUCUACCACCGGAAGAGCUUCCUGACCUCAUUGAGGACUACUUCCGCCUUGCUGCCGACAUGGCAUUGUACUUCCCUACCGAGUCGAUCAUGUCGCCCCUUAUGGACACCAUCCUCCUUGCCGCUUGCAGCUCCCUCACUCUUCUCAAGGAAGAUCCUAUCGUCGCAACACUACACUUCCUCCGCGAUCUCCUCGGCUAUGGCCGCAACUCUUCUCCGUCAUCCAGCUUCGACCACACACGCCACGACGUCCCAGAGCAACUGCGCAACCGCGUCAAGCAGCUAGUCAUGGCUGUAGGCACCCAACUCGUCCAACGCAUCAUGACAGGCAUGAUGUACAGCUUCCCCGAGGGCUGCUUCGCAGAUUCUUCAGGUGUGCUGCUCGACCUCUUCGAGCUCAUGCCCGAACAAGUUGCAGCUUGGGUGGCCAGUACCGUCAGCAUGUUACCACAAGGCAGCAUCACACCUCAAGAAAGCGACCGCUUCCUCAACAACAUCCGCCAACGCAUCCAGACUGGCGACGUGCGCAUGAUUCGAACCAUUCUCCAGGACUUCACGACCAGCUACCGACGCAGGAACGUUGCGCCAAGAGAAGGGCUUGGUAGACUGGAGGCUUCUAGGUUUAGGUUCUCUGGUUAGAGGCUGGAUUUACGAUUGCUGAAGCUAGGGCGGUCAGUGCUGCGAUGGAGAAUAAAAUGCGUGGAAAUGGUGGCGGCUUUGUGUGCGAGGAAGUGUGCGAUAAUUCAAAUUGCAUUCGGCAAUCUUGUCCUCGAAAGGGUUUUGUGGGUCGACUGGGCAUUUGCAUGGAGUGGGUAGGUGACUGCAAGGGAAGGAAUAGGUUAGGAUAGAAUACCACGAGUGGCUAUGAGGCGGGGGGUGGAGGUGAUGGAUGCUUCACUCUUCUUUCUGAUUUGUAUGUAUUGCUUGCGACAAUUCUUUUUUUUCUACAUUGAGAGACA